AUCUACACUACAUGCCUCUAGUUUCUCUGCUGAGCUAAUAUUACAGGAACAAUGUGGGCCAAAGGAUACAUAUUUCUCAUUGGGGCUUGUUACUUCUAUUCAGAGAUCCUAAGCUCGCAACAUGCUUCAGCAGAGGACAUUUACCUGGCGGAGUUGAUGGUGGAGAGUAAUGUCACUUUGGAGGUGACUACCAUUUUGGAGAUCCUAAAAAACAUCACUACCAUCACUGUGAUAGACUCGGCUCAAAAUUCACAUGAAGUGACCUUCAUCGACACUGAGAGCGUGGCAGAAUGCCUGAUUGUUGGAGUGGAGACCUCUUGUAACUGUUCCACUGGAUAUAUCUGGAGCAACGAGGUGUGUUACAACUAUAACUGCUGUCGUGAGACCACCUGUUACCAGAAUGUGUCCUACAUCAGCCCCCUCUGCAUCCCCAAAAUACCAGUUUACGUCAACGGCUCGGUGACGAUGAACACGCGUGCUUGGGUUACCGCAGAUGAAACCAUAGCUAAAACUGAAUUUGAAAAAUUGAAUGGCUUUGAGUCAAUGAACUUUACAGGACUGAGCUUAUCUGGUAUGCUGGUCGAGUUUGAAGUUGGACUCAGUGUUAAAUUUGCUACAUCCCGACUACAGACCAUCAUUAAUGAGCUGCAGACCAUCCUGGCAGCAUACAUACGUGUGGACACUACUGGCCUGGUGACUAUUGAAUCCCCUCAGUAUAAAGUGUGCUACCAGUCAAGUCCAAUCCUGAAAUGCACUUUUGAUGAGAUGACAGACAAAGCCGGCUGGAACAUGAGCACCACGUACGAACGCUUUGAGCUGAACAAUGGCAGUGUGGUGAUGCUGGACCAUGCUUGUAAGAACCUGGCCAACCCCUCGUGUGUGGCAGUCACCCUGAAGGCAGUGACGGGCGUCUGGGAAGGGACCUAUGAAUGCGGAUUUACCAAGGGCUCAGUGCGUCACACAGCCAAAGCUUACCUGAGCGUGGCCAGACUCCCAGACUCCAUCUUACUCACCACAAACCCCAUCACAGGAGACUGCUCAAACAAGGCAGAGACAGACUCUAUUAAUGUGAAUGUCACUGCCACCGUACUGAAGACAAACAAUACUUACGACUUCACCUGGAAAUACAACACAAAUGGGGCAAAGGUCCAACCUGUAGAUGUAGACAAAAACUCCAAAUAUACUUUCAUCAUAAAGAUCCUCUGUACGCCGGUUUCGAACGCACAAACUGUCACUGUGACUUUUAAAAAUGACAUCAACCAAACAAAGUCAGCCACAGUGACUAUCCCUGUCAUCUACGGUGGGGCAAAGUUUUGUAAAAAUGAAACAGUAGAUGGAGUCUUUUGGCCCAAGACACCAGCAGGGGACACAGCAGUAAAUAACACUUGCUCAGCAGGCAGAGUGGGCUUCAAGACGCGCACCUGUAUGGGCACAAUGUGGGAUACAGUUUUUGACUCCUGUGUCAACCAGGAGCUCAACAAAAUCUCCAAUGCAGCAGACAGUUUUCUGAAAGGCUUGGGUGCAACAGAAGAUGUCGCUCUGGACAUAUUCAGUGGUCUUGACAACAACACAUUAUCUAGUGGUGGAGAUGGAGACAACAUAGCAGACCUCUCAGCAUCCAUUAAUGUGAUGGACAUGAUGGCACAGGCAUCCAAAAAUAUUCCCUUGGGAGAGAAAGUCCUCCCUUCUUUUGUCAAUGCUGCUAGCAACAUGUUGAACAAGACCUGGACUAAAGUUAAUACCAGCCUUCUCCACAACAUGUCUGCCAAUUACCUUCAAUCUUUGGAGGGGCUGGUGCAAAAUAUUGGUGUGAACAUGUCAAACAACAAUACCGACUACAACACGCCCAACUUGGAUCUGAAAUACUGCAUGGGAGACGACUGCAGCGUUAACGUUUUUGGAGUCAACGUCAACCUGAACAAGUCCAGCGGUAUUAUGAAAACAGUUGCCGUUAAAAAUCUUAUGCAUAAACUGAAAAACACCUAUAAGAAGUCGUCCGUCACCGAGCUUUUGGUAUCAACCACUCUGGAAAACAACAGCGACUCCAGCAUUCAAAUCAAAAUGGCUUUCACUGCAACUCCUGGCGAAAACCAAGUACCAUAUUGCGUUUUCUGGGACACCAAGAUGAAAGAUUGGGAUGAUAUGGGGUGCAAAGUAGUCAGCGAGGGUAACAAAAGCGGCGUGUUUUGCGAGUGUUCUCAUCUUACAUCGUUUUCCGUGCUGAUGGCUCGUGGUGAUGUCUCGAAUCCUAUUCUUGAUGUGAUAACCUAUGUGGGACUGGCAGUAUCCAUCGUAUCUCUUAUCAUCUUCCUCAUCAUCGAGUAUUUGGUGUGGUCCGCCGUGGUUAAAACUAAAUUAUCUCACUACCGGCAUACUUGCAUGGUUAAUAUCGCGUUCUUCUUAUUGCUCGCGGACAUAUGCUUCCUUGCCUCGGUCGAUCCGCCAGGUCUGUCCGACGAUAUGUGUCUGGUCUUGACCAUUUGCAAGCACCUUUUCUUCACGGUUAAAUUUUGCUGGAUGUUGUGUCUAAGCGCCAUGCUCGUCCACCAGCUAAUCUUCGUCUUCAAUCCUCUUCGGAAAAAAGUCUUCAUGUUCUUUUCCAGCCUCGUUGGCUACAUGUUCCCUAUUGUAAUGGUGGGAUCCAGUUACAUUUACUACAGGUACACUGGCAAGCCCUACCAUAACAAGGACACGUGCUGGCUGACCUAUGAGCGCCUCCUAGUGGGCUCUUUGCACGCUUUUCUUCUGCCCAUUGGAACCAUUCUCCUGUCCAAUAUCUUCUCCAUGGGUGUUGUGAUCGUGACCCUGCUCAAGUCUUCCAAAAAUGACAGCAGCAAAGCAGAUGAGAAGGACACAGCCAAAAGCAUCAUUAAAGUCAUACUAGUGCUGGCUCCAGUGUUCGGUGUGACAUGGUCCAUUGGUUUCUGUCUGGUCGUGUUCAAUACAUCCAACCCUGCCUAUCCCUUUUUCAACUACACCUUCACCAUCGUCAAUUCCUUCCAGGGCCUUUUUGUAUUGUUUACCGGGUUCUUGUCAGAGAAGAAGGUCAAAGAUGAGCUGACUAGGAUUGUGUUUGGCAAAGGGGGCUCAAGUGACAGCACCAAGAAUCUCACCUCCACCAUGUACACAAAGGACAAGUGAGAUCAGACUGAGAAGGAGGAAAAGAGAAGCAACAAAACUCAAGUGACCCCAGCAGUGAUUCUAGCAAUAACAAACAGUAGCAAACUUGUGAUUCUGAAAUUUAUGUCUGAGACAUAAUAAUUAUUUGAGAAUAAUAAUUUUUUAAAGCCCUUCUGCGGAAUAUUUCACCCAAUACGACUUCAAAAAACUGCUCUUUUGGUUUAAGUCACAGUUUGACUUUAUGUAUUUUAUUUAUUAUACUAUAUUUACAUUAUUAUUCUAGUAGCAUUGCAUGUGUGUGUUUGCACAUUAGGAUCAUGUUUGGUAUUGUUGUUUUUUAUCAGAGAUGUGUGACAGUUUAUAAGCUCCUGUACAGUAGGGGCACGUUACCCGAAAUGUUCCGCAGUGUGGCUUUUACAGUUUAUCUCCAUGUUUAAGUUAACUGGUAUUGCUCACAAUUAUCUUAUUAUUAAAUGACAGUUAUGGUCAUUUAAGCUUUUAGAGUUAGAUUCUGAGAGAAAAAAUGACAUCCUUACAGACACUAUAGACACUACACAGACAGCUAUAGAAGGUUCAUUAAAAGUUGGAGAAGAGUGGGUUUAGAAGAAGCAAUAAUUUAAAACAAGUUGAUGUAGUAUCUGUAAGAGGUACAUAGCUUAGAAUGCUUGUUGAGUUGGUUUGACAAAGAUAAAAAUGUUUAAUGUGAAAAGAUAGUUAGUUUAAACUAUAUUUAUUUAUUUAUUCUCCUAUUUGUAGACAGAUGACUGUAUCUAUAUGUGCUGCUGUGUAAAACAUGUUUA